GGCCCGUCUCGGCCCCGCCUCCCCGCGCGGCCCGUCCCGGCGAGCCCCGCGCCGCCCGCCGCCAUGGCCGUGCCGCUGAAGCGCUGCCUGGUGCGGCGGCGAGACGGGCGGCAGCAGCACGGCGUGGCGGCCUCCUGCCUACGGGAGCUGCGCGACAAGGCUAGUGGCGUUCUGGCUAUUGACAAGGCCAGGGAGCCCAUCACCCUGGUCCUGGCAGAGGACGGCACCAUUGUGGAUGACGAAGAUUACUUUUUGUGUUUGCCGCCUAACACCAAGUUUGUGGCGCUGGCCAAGAAUGAGAAAUGGUCUGGCAAAAGCUUAGAUAGCGGAACAGCCUGGCUCUCGGAGCCUGCAGAUGAAGUGGACAGUGGCACAGAGAAGUGGAAGCAGUUGGCCAGGCAACUGAAGGAUGACCUGUCUAAUAUCAUCUUGAUGUCUGAAGAAGAUCUCCAGGUGCUUAUUGAUGUACCACGUUCAGACCUGGCAGAAGAACUUGCCCAAAGUCACACCAAAAUCCAAGUAUUGCAGGGCACCCUGCAGCAGGUGCUGGACAGGCGAGAAGAAGAACGCCAGUCAAGACAACUCCUGGAACUCUACCUAGAGGCCUUGAAAAACGAAGACCAUAUCUUAAGCAAAGUCGCAGAAUCCGAGACUGUACCAAGAAAGGAGAUGGAUGUGGUUGACACAGGUACAAGCAGUAUAGGCACUUCAGCCAAAACAGUGCUCAGUGACCAGAUCCUUGCUGCCCUGAAAGAGAAGCCUGCACCAGAGCUCUGCUUGGACAGUCAAGAUCUAGAGCUGGUCUUGAAAGAAGACGCACAAGCCCUGGCCUCGGCUCUGAGAUGGGACAAGCAGAAAGCUGAAGCGCUGCAGCAAGCCUGUGAUCAGGAGCUCUCCAGGCGUCUACAGCAAGUGCAGACUUUGCAUUCCCUGAGGAGCAUGUCAAAGGGCAAGAAAACGCUACCCUGGGGAGACUGGCUUAGUUCAAAACGCAAAAAAUAAGACUGUAGUGCUGCUUGCAAUUUGAGUUGAAUGCAAAAGAAAAAACAAUACAAGCAAAGGUAUAUGCUGGGAGCCGUAGUUUGCUGGUCAUACUGUGGUCUGGCUAUAGAGAACUAAAAUCUGGACAUUGUCCUGAGGCUUAAAAUCCUGUGAUGAUUCAAAAUCAUGUGUAACAAAAAGGAUUUUGACUUUUUGCGGAAUACUAGAACAAUGGUAUUGCUAAACACAGCAUGUAGGGAUUCAGCUUUGAAUGCCUGGUUGGGAGCCAGAAGCUUCUAUCUGAUAAUGAUGGAUCUACCUUCUGAAGCCCCAGGCAGUUUGCUUACUUUGUCCUCCCAUUUUGCAUGUGAAGGAUGGAAGACCUCUGGAGGACGCUUUGAGGCACAGUUCAUGAACAGGGCAGAGGGGUUAGCCAGCUGCUGUCUGGCUUUAAGCUCCAGCCUGGGGUCUAGGAACUUGAAUUCUUAUGCCGAUUUAAUCAGUUAAAGUAAAUUCAAAGUCCCAUCAACUUCUGUGCUUUUUCUGUAAGGAACUCUAGCCUCUUGGGUGCCGUGUAAGCACUAAGUUGUAAAAUACAGCAAAAGUGGAAAUACUUGCUUUCUAAGGCUGUGGGGAGAAGACUUGUAUUUGGCCUGUCUGUAUUACUCUCCUAAUCAUUAGUGUAGUAUCAUGAUGCUUUUGUAUUAACUGGCUUAUUUUUAAAUGUGUUGAAGUCAUCUUUUCUAAUACCAUUAAAACCUUUUUACCUUA